AUGGCGGGGAUGGAAGAUCUUGUUGCACGCCCAGUUUGGCACUUGGGGCUUGCGUCCCAUGUCUCACUCCUCCACUUUAUCGCCGAAAUACGACAAGUGGUGUCGAUGACGGCGUUUCCGGCAGGUGUGCGGGUGAGCGUUCGCGGGAACCGGUUACUUAUCCGAAUGCAGGAGAAGUCUCUUCGUGCUGUGUGUCAAUUACUGUGCGCGUGCACCGGAAACUUUGCCCCACGGCCGUGGGAUCGGCAUGUGUGGAAGCAGAAUGUACUUGACACCGCCCUAUACGACUACGGCGGGUGCAUUGGUGUUCAUCAAGCAACGGGGAAAUUGUGUGUUCCAAAACGUAUUCACGAUGUUGUCUCGCACCAGAUAGGGGAAGGGGGUGACGACGCACGUGGCGAAUCGAGGUUAUUGGUGUUUACAGUCGUUAACCCCUGGCAAGGUGUGAAGUCUCCUUCCGUCUUGGUGAGAAGGAAAGAAACCCCUGACGAAGAAGAUGACGUAUUGACUGAGGUUUUUAAUGACGGAGAUCUUCUCGUGCACGAUCAGGUGCGCCGUCGAUGGAUACGUCUGACGCAGCCGAACUUGUGCUUGGAGACGGUGCUGCUUUGCUGGGUGAAGACGCUUCUUGCGGCAGCCACGCUUUGGCACAACGACGGGGGAUGGCUCCGAAAUGUCGAGGGUUGCAUUGUGCAGGAAGGACGUUUUCACAUCUGGGGCACGGUGCAUGAUGGUUUGCCGUACUUUUUUGGGGUUAUCCCAAAAUUUGCAAAGGAGCGCCGCCGAAGGAUGCUGAGACAGGCUCGUGAGAAAUUCCUAUGGGACGGGGCGUCACGGCACUGUCGAGGAGAAAAGGUGGGGGACCAAGGCGCUGCGAUGCCUGCGCAGGACCAGGCCCGACGCCACUGUGCACACACCCCUUCAACACACUGUAAGAGGCACGGUGACGCGGCAAAUUAUUUCUGUAAUGGAUAUUUUACGUGGAACCCAUAUGGCGGCUUCAGUUAG